AUGGGUGGUGUACUAGGAUUAUACUUCGAUGUUCAGCUCCUCAAGAUUGACCUCAAUAAAAAUGGUGGUAUUAUCAUGCUCAACAACACACUCUUCAAUACAUCUUCCCUUCCAUUCUUCUGUUGUUACUAUUACUCCAAUUCCAUGUUUCCUGCAAUUAGGGGACAAUUUUACCCUAAAUUUUGUGCAAUCAAUCCACACCGAACUUCUUCCACUACCCACUUAGGAAACUGGGAAGAUCCUGUUAGUAGUGAUAGUGAAACUGAUGAAGAAGAUGACAUUGAAGAGAACAAUCUUGACUUUGAAAGUGAUUGGGAGGAAGAAAAGGAUGCUUCAGAAACCCAAAUUAAUAUGGAAAGUUUGUCCACAAGCCAGAUAGAGGAAGAUUUAAAAAGAGAGGUUGAACAACUUCUGUCACCUGAAGAAAGAGCAAUCUUGCAACAAAAUGAAUCUCCUAAUUUGGACAAAAUAUCAACGGAAAAGUGGAACCCUUUGCAUACAUUGGCCUUAUCAGGGCAGAUAAAGUUCAUGGAUAACCUUUUAGAAAAUGGAUUUGAGAUUGAUGCAGUUGAUAAGGAAGGACAAACUGCUCUUCACAAAGCAGUUUUAGGGAAAAAAGAGGCUGUGAUUAGUCAUCUUUUAAGAAAAGGUGCAAGUCCUCAUGUUCAAGAUCUGAGUGGUGCUACUCCACUUCAUUAUGCAGUUCAAGUGAGUGCCAUGCAAACGGUUAAGUUGCUCAUCAAAUGCAAAGUUGACGUGAACGUUGCUGAUAACGAAGGGUGGACCCCAUUGCAUGUUGCAAUGCAAAGUAGAAACAGAGACAUAGCAAAAGUUUUGCUUGUGAAUGGUGCAGACAAGACUAGAAGAACUGAGAAUGGGAAAACACCUCUUGAUUUAGGGUUAUGUUAUGGGAAAGAAUUCAAAGCAUAUGAUCUUGCCAAAUUACUAAAGCUUGUGCCAGCAAACAAUUAUCACUGAUGCCACGUGUCAUGUUCAUAUGUUCUUGUUUUGUUAUUCCACAUAUUUGAUGUUCAAGAAUCGAUAGAAAUCAUCUUGAAUUACGUGAGAUUUAUAUGUAUUAUUUGUAGAACUGUAUCAAAUAACAAAAAUGGUUUUGCAAAAAUAGGCACACGCAAUGAAAUGUUUUACUUCUUUCAUGAGAAAAUAUAUAAUACUCUCCUCUAAACUUGUUUGUUUAGAUUUUUGAUUUUUGUAUUCCAUGUAUUUAAAUUGUGUGGUAUUUUUUUACAAACGUUUUAGUUGAUUAUCGAGUUAUUGUAUUUGCUACUUUCGAUUUUUGGCUUCCUAAACAUCCGGAAUUUGUUU